AUGGCGGGCUGCAAUCCAACGCAUGUUCCCAUGGAGCCGUGGCUUCGUCUAAGCAAGAAUGGAUCAGAACCACUGGUGGACGCCACGGAUUACCGCAGCAUCAUCGGAGGGCUGCGGUACCUCACUCACACCCGGCCGGACAUCUUGUUCGCGGUGGGUUAUGUCAGUCGUUUCAUGGAGGCACCGAGCACGGCGCACCUCGCCGCCGUCAAACACUUGCUGCGCUACAUUGCGGGCACGCGCAGGUACGGCUGCCGAUACACCAAGGGCGGCGAGAGCAAGCUCGUCGGAGACAGUGAUUCUGACAUGGCCGGCGAUGUCGACGAUCGCAAGAGCACCUCGGGGAACAUCUUCUUCGUUGGAGGUGCGCCGAUCACCUGGCAGUCACAGAAACAGAAGAUUGUUGCUCUGUCUUCGUGUGAAGCGGAGUACGUGGCGGCAGCAACAGCAGCUUGUCAGGGCAUCUGGCUGAGCAGGCUCAUGGGCGAUCUGUUCAUGGAGGAGCACGGCGCAGUCACCAUCUUCGUCGACAACAAGUCAGCCAUACAGCUGUGCAAGAAUCCGGUCUUCCAUGAUCGGAGCAAGCACAUCGACGUACGAUUCCACUUCAUCCGAAAUUGCAUUGAGGAAGAAAAGAUCAAAGUCGAACACAUUCCUACAGGUGAUCAGCUCGCAGACAUGUUCACCAAAUCACUCGGGCGCACGCGGUUCCAGGAGCUGCGCGCGCGUAUUGGCAUGGUCGAAGUUUGA